GCGUUCAACUUUAUCACUUUCCGCCUUUCUAUGAUUGUCCUUUUCUUUCUCCUCCUUUCCAAUUCCAAGAACUUGUCAAAUAAGUCAAGAGAGAAAUGAGCAAAAGAACAAGAGGGAACAACGCGGGCUGCUGUCGAUUGUAUUUGUUAUAGUGGUUGCGCUUUGUCCGCUCCGGCUUUACGCUUUGUUUUCUAGCUUUUUGUUAUUCACUUCGAUGGAUCAGCUGAAGACUGAGGAGCUCAUUUUCCUUAUUCUUUAAUUAGAAUCCCGUUCCAUCUCUCUUCACGUUGAUGUCAGCUCAGCUUUUGAUGAUCAAGGUCCGUGAAUUCAUGUCCUGGGAAUUGUUCUGCAACCAUCUUGAAUAGCCCAUUUUCAUUAUCCACCUCUCCGAGCUGUUCCAAAGAUGGGGAAUCUGAGUUUUCAGUUGAUCCUCUCAUGUUCAUACCUCUUCUGUUUGAUUUGUAUAGCUUCAGGAUUUGUUCCAUUGGAUAAUUAUCUGAUAGACUGUGGAUCCCCACGGAAUGCAUCCGUUGGUAAUCGCACGUUUUUGGCAGAUAACUUCUACUCUGAUAUACUUUCGACUGCACAAAACAUUCUUGCCAACACAAACUCGAGUUCUCUUUCAUCCUCCUAUGAUUCGACUCUGUAUCUCACCGCCAGGAUCUUCGACCAAGCCUCCCGUUACACUUUUCCGAUAAAGGAAAAUGGCAGGCACUUGAUUCGCCUCUAUUUCUUCCCUUUUGUCUAUAGAGAGUACAAUCUGAGCACGGCCAAAUUCUCCAUCUCCGCACAGAAUUUUACCCUUCUCGAGGGUUUCCAGUUAGACAAGGGCUCAGUCGUAAAGGAAUACUCAUUCAACAUCACCACUAAUCAGCUCGUUCUUACUUUCACGCCCAAUACCGAUUCAUUCGCCUUUGUAAAUGCUUUGGAAGUCAUUUCUCUCCCGAUUGAGCUGAUCCCUCACAGUGCCAGAAUCGUUGAAAUGCCCGGAGACUAUCAGAAUUUGCAGAGUAAAGCACUAGAGACUGUUUUGAGAGUGAACAUGGGAAAUCAAACUGUGCAUCCGCAGAAGGAUACGUUGUGGCGUCUUUGGGUCUCGGAUGACACGUUUUUGAAGCACAGUACGGUGUCAAUUGUGUCGAACGUUAAAGCUGUCACCUAUAAGAAUGGGAAUGUUACUGAGAACAUUGCUCCCCCUUCGGUCUAUGGGACGGCCACCAAGUUGGAUUCGGUCCUUGAUCCUAACCUUAACGUCAAUAUAACUUGGCUCUUCAGUGUCGAUGCUGGGUUCAAUUAUCUUGUCCGAUUCCACUUCUGCGACAUUGUGAAUUCUACUUUGGGGUCGUUCUUAUUCAACGUCUACAUCAAUUCCUGGUUUGCCUACAGAAGUUUCGAUCUCAGCACACUGACAUCCAAUGUCAUCGGCCGCCCGUAUUAUUUUGAUGUAAUUACAAGUUCCACCAGCAGUAGUGCACUGAGUGUUAGUGUUGGCCCUUCUCCUGAGGGUAGUUACCCCAUGGCCAUCCUCAAUGGGCUAGAGAUCAUGAAGAUAAGUAACUCUCAGGACAGUCUUGAAACUUCAGAUUCCGAGAAUGGUUCUUUAAAGACUAACUCAAGGAGCAAGAUCAUUCUGAUCGCAGGCUUGUCCGGCGGGAUUUGCAUCGUUCUUGUCGUCGUUUCAGCGCUCUUCUUUGUCUGCAGAAGAAGAAGAAAGCUAGCAGCUGUGGGUCACUCAAAGGAGGACAAUUUUGUCAUGAAUCAGACAGGAGAUAAGAACUCGAACAGCUUGGCAGUAUUUUCCACCUCGACGUUCGGCUAUCGCUACCCAUUCACGGCGAUUGAAGAGGCUACGAAUAAUUUUAGCGAAGAUUUGAUAAUAGGGACGGGAGGUUUCGGCAAGGUCUACAAGGGAAUUUUCAGAGAUGGGACUAAGGUGGCAGUGAAGAGGGGCCAAUCCAAGUCGCAACAGGGCCUGACGGAGUUCCGUACAGAAAUCGAGAUGUUGUCUCAGUUUCGUCACCGCCAUCUGGUGUCGCUGAUCGGGUAUUGCGACGAACGGAAUGAGAUGAUCAUCAUCUAUGAAUUCAUGGAAAACGGGACCCUUAAGAGUCAUCUGUACUGUUCGGAUCGUCCCGUGCUGAGUUGGAAGCAAAGGCUGGAGAUUUGCAUUGGGUCAGCUAAAGGGCUUCACUACCUUCACACCGGCUCCACAAGGGCAAUCAUCCAUCGCGACGUCAAGUCGGCAAAUAUCCUGUUGGAUGAGAAUUUGAUGGCCAAGGUUGCCGAUUUCGGGCUGUCAAAGACCGGUCCUGAGAUCGACCAGACGCACGUGAGCACAGCCGUGAAAGGGAGCUUCGGAUAUCUGGAUCCUGAAUACCUGACGAGGCAACAGCUCACGGAAAAAUCAGAUGUCUACUCAUUCGGGGUCGUGAUGCUUGAAAUCCUUUGUGGUAGAGCGGUUAUCGAUCCGUCGCUUCCCAGAGAAAAGGUGAAUUUAGUUGAGUGGGCAAUGAAAUGGCGAGAAAGAGGGCGAAUCCAAGAAACCAUAGACCCUCAUCUUGUGGCUCAAGCAAGUGAAGAGUCCCUCUGGAAGUUCGUGGAGAUUGCCGAAAAAUGCUUAGCCCAAUGCGGUCUGGAUCGGCCUCAGAUGGGAGACGUGCUGUGGAACCUGGAAUCUGCACUUCAAGUCCAAUUGAAGGAAGAAAAACCGAGCGAUAAAGGCGAGCUAGCCCCUCGAGCGGAUUGGAUUGGUUAUCUGGACACUCAUCCUAGCGCUUCGACCACUCAAUUCAGCAUGGGAAGCCUAGGCGAUCUCGCGAGUGUCUCGAUGAGCAAACUGUUCGCCAAAAUGGCGAAAGAGGAUAUGAGGUAGACCCCCCCAGUUCAAAGUUUUCGCCAGGUUUGGUUCAAAAGGAGCCUCUGAUGUGUAAACAGCAUUCCAGAUUUGAAUGCUGGUGUCAACAUGACAUUUUACUUCAUGAAUGUAUAAUCCAUUUGUAAGCCUGUUGGGCUCUAUAAUCUAUAUUGCUUUUCUCAA